AUGAUCCAGCUCGAGUGGAGGCGCUGGUCUCGCUUCCUUUGCCGGAUAAUACUGCUGAGCCGCAGCACUAACUGGCGUCGGGAUUAUGUGGUAGAUUAUGGCAGAGCAGUGGCUCCCCUACAAGCCAAGUUUGACGAAGCCAUGAAGGACCACAGCCGUCGCAAGCGCCAUGCUGCCUGUGUGAGUAUCUUGCACCUGCGUCUUGCGGGUGGACAGAUUUGGGAGGACCCCACGCUCGAGGACUGGCCGGACAAUGACUUCCGCCUGUUCUGUGGAGACCUGGGCAACGACAGCACGGAUGCCUCGGACCGUGACUGGGCCGUGAUCUUAACUCAAGUCAAUAACUGGAAGGAGGGGAUCCCGGUGCAUGAACAGAGCCACGAAUUGCUGGUGUGCAAGGGUGGUUCAUUUAAGGCCUCGCAGUUGCAGUGGUCGGUGGUGGAAAAGGAAGCGUAUCCGGUGGUGUAUGCUGUGUCCGAGCUGGAAACUUGCUGCAGCGAUCGCUGGGCUUCCGCAUUUACACUGAUCAUGCGAACCUAA